CUUAGCUUCAGUCAUGCAUCCGGGGUCAGAGCUCCCCAUACUGCUGGGUGUGCUCCUGUUGUGGGGACCUCUGGGGUCCAGGGGGCAGAAUGACACAGAGCCCAUCAUCCUUGAGGGGAAAUGCUUGGUCGUGUGUGACUCCACACCUUCAUCUGAGCCUGCUGGUAACGCCCUAGGCAUGUCUGUCCGGUCCGGCAGCGGCCGGGUGGCCUUCUCCGCCAGCCGCCAAACCAACCAUGAGCCCACAGACAUGAGCAACCGCACCAUGAUCAUCUACUUUGAUAGUAUCUUGGUGAACGUGGGAACUCACUUUGACCAAGAGAGCAGCGUCUUCCUGGCACCAAGAAGAGGGGUGUACAGCUUCAACUUCCAUGUUGUAAAGGCUUACAACAGACAAACUAUUCAGGUCAGCCUGAUGGUGAAUGGAUGGCCGAUGAUUUCAGCUUUCGCUGGGGACCAGGAUGUGACUAGAGAAGCUGCCACUAAUGCCGGUCUGGUGAUUAUGGAAAAGGGGGACAAGGCCUACCUCAGAUUGGAGAGAGGCAACCUGAUGGGAGGCUGGAAGUACUCCACCUUCUCUGGGUUCCUGGUCUUCCCCUUGUGAGGGAGGUGGAUGGAGAGCAGGUUGAAGUCUUGUAAGGGUAAUAUGAGGGAAUUGGAUGGAGCAGGAAUGAGAAUGGGUAUAACAAAAAAUGGGGAAUAAAGUGGUAGGAGGAGAGAAAGGCUUCAAUCUGUAACUCCUUAUAUAGCGCAUGAAAGGAUGUUUUUGUUUUUGCAAAAAUGUAGAGAAAAUUGUGCAAAUUAAGAUAUUUCUCAUCUGAGAGAAAAAGAAAUGGCAGAAAGAGAGUAAAAUAUUGAAUAAAAAUAAUUUGUCUGUGGAUUUAAUUUGCUGUUUCUGUGUAUAAAUAUAUAUGUUGGGUUUGUAUAAGAGAUAUUUAAUUGUGACAAAAUUAUAAAGUAGCCAUGUGCAAUGUGGGCUUUUGUGCAAAGACUAUGUGAAAACCUCUAUUUUUUUUCUUUAAUUCAUAAUGUUUGAAACACUGCUGUGCUCCACAUGGCAUCAUGUGUAGCUUACAAACUUGCCAAACUUGCCCUUUAUUCUGCUGUGUCUUAUGACUGAUGCUCCUCUAUAUGCCU